ACGUGUGGUGCGCAAAUCCAUUGCCAGAGUCUUAACUGUUAUCAAUCAGACUCAGAAGGAGAACUUGAGGAAGUUUUACAAGGGCAAAAAGUAUAAACCUCUUGACCUGCGGCCGAAGAAGACUCGUGCCAUGCGACGCAGGUUAAACAAGCAUGAAGAAAACCUGAAGACCAAAAAACAGCAGCGAAAGGAACGUCUGUACCCAGCCCGGAAAUAUGCCAUCAAGGCAUAAACCUGCAGGGUGCUGAGAGUUCUUAAUGAUACUGGCUGAGUAUGGCUCAUUAAAUAAGAGUUUUGUUUG